AUGUCCCACAGCACCAACAGAGAAAACCUCACAGUCCCAAGAAUCGAGAACGAUUCAUCAAGGUCAUCCUCCAGGACUGCAAUCAAUUCGCCCCGGAAUCUCUCUCAGUCACGCGAUCAAUUCAAUUCGUCCUCCCCAAAGGAAGAAUUUCCUAUGCCACCGUCGCAAUGGGGAGGUGAUGUACCCACAUCACCUCCAAGUAUGGAUGAGGAGAUGCAGACAUCCUCUCCAACACCACAAAGAUUUACAAUCUCGUCUCUUUUCAAGCCUUCUGGGGCCCUGAGGCCGUUUAGGCUUAUGAAGAAAGAAUUUCGAGCUAGGCUGGCGAUUUAUCAUACUGAUUGGCAUUUUAACCAAUUAAUUCUUGCAAGUGCUGUGUUCCUAUUUUUCACGAACUUAUUGCCUGGUAUUACAUUCGCGAGUGAUUUGAAUGCUUUGACCGGUUCGAAUUAUGGAACGAUUGAGGUAGUGUUCUCGACAGGACUAUGUGGUGUUAUAUUCGCAUUGUUUUCGGCACAACCUCUAACAAUAUUGGGGGUAACGGGACCUUUCAGUAUCCUAGCAGAGCGGAUUUAUGAACUCUGCAUUCAUAACUUGCAUAUCCCAUACCUCCCUUUCAUGGCAUGGACUUGCAUCCAUUCGAUGUGGAUGUUGAUUCUGCUCGCUGUUUUCAAUGCACAUGACUAUACCAUGAAAUAUGUCACGACAUUCUCAACCGAAAUAUUUUCAUUGCUGAACUCAGUCAUCUACUUCCAUAAAGCUGUUCAGGAGCUUCAGAGGAAUCAUGAAAAGGUGUCGUUUGCAUCAUUUCUAUAUUCUGUUAUUGGGUGUAUCGGAACCUUCCUUGUCGCAGUGUUCCUCGCGAAUGCGAAUAACUGGGCACCACUUUUCCAUCGCUACGUCCGGAUGGCAAUUUCAGAGUAUGCCGCUGCCAUAAGUAUCAUUAUUUUUAUUGCUAUGCCUCAAAUAGGCGAACUCAAGCAUCUUGACAAGCAGACACUGAAUGUUUCUAAGUCAUUUAAGCCAAGUCACCCGGAGAGGAGCGUAUUUUUCGUUGAGUUUUGGAAACUUGAUAUAGCAUAUAUCUUCGCAGCCAUGAUCCCUGCACUGAUUGUCACGACUCUUUAUUUCUUUGACGUCGAGGUCUCGACUAUUUGUGCCACCCUCCCACGUUACAACAUUAAGAAACCACGAGCUUACGCUUGGGAUGUGAUGUUGCUUGGGGUUACUACUGGUUUGUGUGGAAUCUUAGGGAUCCCACCGGCAAAUGGGCUACUUCCGCAAGCGCCAUUACACUCAGAGAGCUUGCUUCACGAUGAAGUGGACGAAAAGGGGAAUAAAACUCGAACAGUAUAUGAGCAGCGGUGGAGCCAUUUACUACAUGCUUUGGGUAUCAUGGCCUUUGUAAGCCCACCGUUUAUGCAUGUACUCGGGUUGACGCCCACGAGUGUUUUGGCGGGGUUGUUCUUGUUCAUGGGGGAGCAGUCGCUGUCUGUUAAUCCAAUAUUACAUCGGAUCUUCGACAUCUUAACGCCACCAAGUGAACUACCCAAUCUUUCAAAGGAGGGUAUCAAAAACUAUUGGGGGAUUCACAUGUAUACUGUUGCACAGCUGGUGAUUACCGGAAUCGUCUUUGGUGUUACCUUCACCCCAGCCGCACCGUCAUUUCCUAUAAUAAUUAUCCUUUUUGUUCCGAUUCAUCUGAAGCUUUCGCCAAGGCUUUGGUCCAAAUAUGUUCUUAAUAAAGUGGACUCUUGGGCAUGCCGUGAGGGUGACCUUCGGCUCUACCCGGAACUUGAGAUGCCGGCUAUAGAAGGGCGCGAUGACGACAAAGAUGACGAAACUAAAGACACAGCGAUGAUUGAGGGACGAGCGAAGGAUGAUGGCGAAGAGGUUCAACAAUUAAAGAAGCGGUCGCCAAGUUGUGAGGAGAAGCGGGCUUGA